UUAAAAAAAUUCAACGUCAAAAACGCCAUUAUGGCGAUGUGCGAUAUUACCAGUGUAAAUUACUCGAGCCUUUGGCAAAUUAUCUUAAAUAUAUACUUUACACUUUUGAUUAGUUUUUGCAAUGGUCAAUUGCACAGGAAUGAAUGCAAUUGGUCCUUAAUCACCAAACUUCAGACCAUUCGAUAAAUCGGCGGUAAGAAUGACUACUCGUUGCAUGUGAUAAUUUCUUCGUUUCUUCUUGAAAAUAUAUCGUGAAUAAGAAAAAGACAAUCGUCAAACUCGGGAUACGUGAAAGGUCAAGCAACAAAGUGUGUAAGGAAGGAGGUUAUGGCCAAAUAUUUGGCGCAGAUAAUUGUGCUCGGUACGCAAGUUAUUGGCAGAGCUUUCGCUCGUGCUUUGCGUCAGGAGAUCGCCGCGAGCCAGGAAGCCGCCAGGCGUGCUGGUGGCGGUGCCAAAGGCGCUCAACGAGCUGCCGCGAACGCUAAAACAGGUUUAACCUUAGAUGAAGCGUUACGCAUUCUCAACGUUGAAAAACCUGACCAAAAAGAUUUAAUCGAAAAAAAUUACAAAUUUCUCAUGGAAGCUAAUGACAGAAACAAAGGUGGCUCUUUCUAUUUACAAUCGAAAGUAGUCCGGGCCAAGGAACGAAUCGAUCAAGAAAUUCAACUCGACGAAACUAGUGUUCCUAAAGAACCUUCAAAACCUGAACAACCUGGACAAACGACGUAGUACAAUUUUCCCUUGUCUAGUCCUUAAUAACUCUGACUAAAUUCUGUAAAUAAAUAUGAGAAUAUACAUAUAAAUGCAUACUCAAAUGUUUUAUAGGUACCAAGGUGAAAUGUCCUUUGUAAUUUAAGUUGCUGUUAAAAAAAUUAAACAGAUUGCUCUUCGA